ACUAGCUAUGUCCAUCUUUAGUACACUAUCGGCGCACGCCGCUUUAAGUUGUCUUCAAUUGGCAAUAAGUUUGCAAAUUGAUUUCCCACGAUUAAACAAAGGUACCCAAACGGUUUUUUUCAGUGGGUCCUGUGACCACGGGGGCGGCAUGCUGUUGGGCGAAUACGACACAACCCGGCGACUCCUUUUCAUCGUGGCCGUUCUGCUGAUAGUCCUGUAUGCGAAGACGUACCUGCUGCCCGGCGAGGAUUUGGUCUACAACUAG